UGACGUCACCGCUGGGUGGGCUCGCUUUGUUGGUCGGGAGCAGAUUUCUCUUCAGACUCAUCGGGGAAUCGAACACUGUUCAUCAGCAGCUGCUCCGGAACAUUCACCGACCCACACCCGUGUCACCACCCGCCAGAGAUGCCGUCCGACAGACCCUUCAAACAGAGGAGGACCUUCGCUGACCGGUGCAAAGAGGUGCAGCAGAUCCGUGAGCAGCACCCCAACAAGAUCCCUGUCAUCAUCGAGAGGUACAAGGGAGAGAAGCAGUUACCUGUCCUGGACAAGACCAAGUUCCUGGUGCCCGACCACGUCAACAUGAGCGAGCUGGUCAAGAUCAUCAGGCGUCGUCUGCAACUGAAUCCGACGCAGGCCUUCUUCCUGCUGGUCAACCAGCACAGCAUGGUGUCCGUGUCCACGCCCAUCUCCGAGAUCUACGAGCAGGAGCGGGACGAGGACGGCUUCCUCUACAUGGUGUACGCCUCGCAGGAGACCUUCGGCUGCUAGGGAGGGAGAGACGGGCGGAGGGAGGGUGAGGCGUAGGGGAGGGAGAGCGGGAGGUUUUCGGGGGGUAGAGGGAGGGUAGAUGAUGGGGGCGGAAGCAAGAGAGGAACUAGAACCAACCACAAACUCCACGCUCCUCUCUGCUGUGUCACAUCCCAGGCCCACGUAGCUUCACCCAGUCAGUCAGUAACCCUCCCCCUCUCUGUCGAGCACCUUUAUCGUUUGGUCAGUAAACGCAUCACGACUUAUAAAAGCCAGAGGUCGUCGCCAGAGUCAUAAAUCAGUCUUUAAUUUUCUCUCUGAGGUCUCUUAUUUUGAAAGGGUGGGACAACCAAAGUUCCACUAAAGCUCGAUUGAUUGAUUGAUUGAUUCUUAAAGUUAUUCAUGAGCAGUGGAGUCUAAAAGUCUGAGACUCUGAGGUGGUGUCGGACGAACACAACUCGUCAUCGCUCAGGAUCAGAUCUGACGCUCGGCCGAGUGAAGUCACUAAUGUUCAGAAGGUCGAUUUAAAUAUAUCGUGACUGUUUCACGUUUCUCACUUCUUUAACUCACACCUUAGAUUUUUUUAAUUAGCGUCUUUAGUUUGAAAUAUUAGCUGUAGUUUAGUUUGUGUUUCAUAACGAUGUCCGAGUUUGUUUGAAUCGUACAUUUACCGUCAGCCUGAAGAUCGACUCGCCGACUCGCUCCUGGCUACCGAGUAGCUGACAAUCGGGCUGAAACGUAACUUUAAUCCUGGCGACGUCGUUCAUAUCGACAGUAAUUUUACAUGUGCAAUAUUUGUCCCAUAACGCCCCCUGUGGGUUUGAACAACACAUGACAGCAGCGCCCCACUUCACUGUAAAGCUUUUCGCUCCGCAAGCACAAAUACACCAGAGGACAGAGAUAGAUUUAAAGAGCGACGCUCACUCGUCACGGCUGCCUCACGUGUCCUGUGUCCCUUAUGUCCUCAGAAGCUAACACUACACAUCUGCAAGACGCAGUACACACAUGGACAGUAGGGGCAGUGUAGAGGCAGCAUGUGACCUGUGCAGUUCGUAGUGUGCGUUUAGUUCUGGACGAGCAGAAACUGAGACGUUUGGAAAAGAUGACGUAGACACUCACAACCUCUUACCUUCCAGAAGAAAAGUAGAACACAACAUGGAGAAUCACUGACAAGUGUUUCAAAUGAAAGCUUGAGGGACGCGCUUCUCUCAUCCAACAGUCGUUAAGUUAAACACUCGCCUUCCACGCUUGGUUUGUUUCGAGUAGUAGAAAUAUCGAGUGAAAAUACACAAGUGAGAGAUUUGUGAUCUGGCCUGGGACGGACUGGGACGUGACGUUUUCGUUCUGACGCUGUGUUUCUGCUUCAGCAUCAAUAAAAUGAUGCCGUGUUGUAUAAUGAGAAAAGCUGCGGCGGCCUGAGCCGAACGCCGGAACGUAACCAGACCCCGGUGAAGCUGAGGUGAACCGAGGCGCUGGUUCAAUAUCAUUUCUCCGCUGCGGGGGGGCGGGGGGGUGGUGGCGGUGCCUCCUCUGGGCCUCGUGUUACGGAGCUUGUAAGAUUGCUGCGUGUGUCAUGGUAGCAUAGAGUUGAGCAUUAGACAUAAUACAAUGUAUUUAAUGUAGGAAACGAAUGAGCUUCUUUUGCACAUAAAUUAAUACGAAUAUAAGAGUUGGCGUAGAGUUUUUCUGUUUUUCAGAUUUACUGUAUAAGAAUGAUUCUUCUUUUUGUAUCUUCUCUGUAUCUGUUCGUCUGUCGCCUUCGUUCAUUUAGACAAAAACAGGUUAUGACGCACUACAAACACUGCAUGUUCAGUUUUUAUAAUGUAUAUUGAUUUUAUGCUAUAAAUAUAAAUGUACUGUUUUAUUUAGGACUCCUUUUUCGAUGUUUCCCAAACCAAAAACUGAAAAUAAAUGUGUAUGUUUAAAACAAACAAAAAGACUGUGUGCGUAUAAACGAUCAUAUAAUCAAUAUAUUAGUGUUUCCUUUAGGCUUUCUGACAUGGAGGGUGUAUAUAGACUCAUUGCUACAACCUUAUUCAAAGCAUUUGCCAGUAAACAAUAAUAAAAAAGUUGCCUUUAAA